CUUCAAAGUGCUGCUGGUGUGGAAAGUUCCGUGUGGGGUUGGUUGCUGCGGUGCAUUUAUUGACGCAGGAUGCAUCUGCUUCUCUUCAUUGGAGGAGCCUUGUUAAGGCUCUACUUGAUGAGCAAUUCUUUCUUCAAGAACUUAUGUGAUGGAACUAUAUUUUCAACUCCACUGACAUCUUGGAGCCGAGUGACUGAGGGAUACUUCCUAAUGCAGCAGGGGAUAUCACCAUAUGAGGGCGAUAUGGUCCAUGAGUCUCCCCUGACAUUGAUCCUGUACAGCUUCCUCAUAAAAUACUGUGAAGCCUGGAUUCCUAUCAUCUUCAUUCUGGUAGACAUCUGUACUGCACACAUACUAAUGCUGACUGCUCAAGCUUUCAUCAAGAAGCAGCUGCUGGAGCAGAAGGCGCGGCCGCCACCGGCCGGUGGCGCGGCGCCCCUGCCGGUGACGGAGGAGCAGCUGCAGCCAACGGCGCGUCUCGUGGCGGCUGUGUACCUGUUCAACCCGUGCACGGCUGUCAGCUGCGCGGCGCUCAGCACGGCCGGCCUGCACCAGCUGCCAUUGGCGCUUGUGUUCUACACGGCCGUCACAGGGCGGUGGCCGGCGUGCGUGGCCUGUCUGGGCGUCAGCUGCUACCUGGACCUGUACCCGGCGGUGCUGCUGGUGCCGCUGCUGGCGCUGGCCGCCGACGCCGGCCGCAGCCGUCUGCUGACGGCGCUGGGCUGCGCGGCCGUCACCGGCGCCCUGCUGCUGCUCUCGGCUCACGGCCUCGGCGGCUGGAGCUUCCUGCGCGCCACAUACGGCUUCAUGCUGUGGACGUGGGACCUGUCCCCGAACGUCGGCCUCUUCUGGUACUUCUUCACGGAGAUGUUUCAGCACUUCGAGUCACUGUUCAUCGCUACUUUCCAAAUCAACGCCUUCAUCUACGCCGUUCCGCUCACUCUCCGAUUCCGUGACCGGCCCGUGCUGGUGAUGUUCGCGCUGCUGGUGCUGAUGGUGAUCUUCAAGUCAUACCCGAGCGUGGCUGAGGCCGGCCUGUAUCUGGCGCUGCUGCCGCUCUGGCGGCCGCUGGCGCCAUAUGCCCGCUACGCCUUCCCCGUCAGCUGCUUCUACCUGUCGGUGACUGUGCUGGCGCCCGUCAUGUGGACCCUCUGGAUCCAUGCCGGCUCGGCCAACGCCAACUUCUUCUUCGCCGUCACGCUCGCCUACAACGCCGCCCAGAUCUUCCUGGUGACGGACCUGCUGUUCGCCCAGCUGAAGCGAGACCACGCGCUGCGUCACGGCUCCAACACCGAGGUGGACGGAAAGCCGGCCAAGCUCGUGUUGUGCUGAGUCGCCUCCGCCAGCGGUCGCGACCUCUCGGUGAUCGGCCGGGUACCCCGCUGUCUCAGUCAGCACGAGCGGGCGGGCGGCCGCCGCCCCGCCGGUCAUCCUCAGUGAGUCAUUCGCCAUACUCCCCACCCGUCUGCGUAAACAGCGUGCAUUUAAUGUACUGUCGUGUAAUAUACUGUCAUAUGUACGACACGACUCUCCGGGCGCUGCUCUCCAGGGCAGCUCCAUAUUGCACUAGCUCUCCUUCCGUCACGGCCCGGUGACUCAGACAGGGCCGCUACCCAGACCCGCCCGCUGCUGCGGCCCGGGAACACUCGGCCCGGGCCGGCGACGCUUCCUCUCGAGACGAGACGAAUACGAGGCGAUCCAGCCCGCCGGCGGCUCC